AUGGAAAUACAUUAGCUUCUGGUAGUUAUGAUAACUCUAUCCGUCUAUGGGAUGUCAAAACAGGAUAACAAAAAGCCAAAUUAGAUGGUCAUUCUAGUUAUAUCUAGUCAGUCUGUUUAUCUCCUGAUGGACAUACAUUAGCUUCUGGUAGUUUUGAUAAGUCUAUCCGUCUAUGGGAUGUGAAAACAGGAUAAUAAAAAGCCAAAUUAGAUUGUCAUAGUAAUGGAAUUUAGUCAGUCUGUUUCUCUCCUGAUGGAAAUACAUUAGCUUCUGGUAGUUAUGAUAACUCUAUUCGUCUAUGGGAUGUGAAAAAUAUAGAAGAAAUUUCAUCUCCUGAUAAAAAAUUCAAAGAUAUUCUUGAUUAAUUCAAAGCACCACUAUUUUCAUAUAAUCCUCUACCAGGUAUUUAUUUGAUAAUUACCUUUUAGAAUCCAACAAUAUUACAAUUCUAAGAAUAUCUUAAACACCAGUAUUCGAAGCACAAGGAGCAUUAAUCUUGAAAGGAGAAUUUAUCAAUUAUAAGGGAUACGAUCUUAGAUCAUUAUUCAAAUUUUUAGGAAGUUUCAUUUUAGAAGACUUUAAGUAUAUGUGA